ACCGGGAUGAGCCCUCAGGGCGCUGCCCCCGCCCGGUCCAGUGCGUGUCACUCAAAGCCCGUGCAGGCGCUUUGAUUUCCUUUUUAUUUUAUUUAUUUUGCGGUAGCGCAAUGUAAUUUGACGUCACUUAAUUCUUGGUCCUUCAAAAUAAGACUGAGCAUUCAGGCGACUCCAUAGCUACAAUGCCCCUUGGAAUAUGAAGGCUGCGUCUUAGGAAGAGCUGAGCCGCUGUCCCCUGUGAAAAAAUAUUUAGAGACCUUGACCUACAGAAUCCUUAAUUAAAAAUUCUACUAUUAAACGAGUCAAUCUCGAAACUCUGUGUUAGGAGGCUUUGUUUCUUCUGUUAUGUGGCCUCUGACCUCUGAUGAUGAAGGAUGGGUGUGUACAGGUGUCUGUGACCACAGCCUCAGAUUCUGUAGUAAUUUUAGCCUUCGUAGCCAUUCGCAGCUUCAGAAUUGACUGGAUGUAAAGCAGAAUAGUUCAGAUUUCUGUAAAUAUCAGACUUUGUUGAGUAAAUACAGAGCUAUGAAGAUCCAGGUGUACUAAACUAUCUGACUUACUUGUUUGCUACUGCUUUGUGUGUCCCCCCCGCCUCUCAGCUAUACACAAUAUAAUGGUGCUGACCUGUGGAACUGUAAGACAAGCCUUUUGGUAAGGCUGUCACAGAAACUUCUAACUGUCUGAAAAAAUAAAACAUGGUUCUACUGAAUCUGUUUUCAUGUACUUGCUUCUACCAGCUACCGGUUGAACAAGAAGAGAUAAUUCUGUGUACAGGUGGAGAAACACAGGUUUCAAAACUUUGCUUCAGGAAUACUGCUAACAUUUUGCAGGGACCUCUGUCAGCCACAGUGUAACAAGAAACUGACUCUGACCAUCUACUUGCACGUGCAGUCAUCCAUGUGUCAUGGCUGAGGGUAGCCCAGGAUGGCUGCAGCUUCAUAUGAUCAAUUGUUAAAGCAAGUUGAGGCAUUAAAGAUGGAGAACUCCAACCUUCGGCAAGAGCUAGAGGAUAACUCAAAUCACCUCACAAAACUGGAAACCGAGGCGUCCACUAUGAAGGAGGUACUGAAACAGCUACAAGGAAGUAUUGAAGAUGAGGCAAUGGCAUCUUCUGGACAAAUUGACUUACUGGAACGACUUAAAGAACUGAAUUUGGAAAGCACCAGCUUCGCUGGGGUGAAGUUAAGGCCAAAGGUGUCCGUGCGUUCCUACGGGAGCCGGGAAGGGUCCGUGUCGAGCCGUUCAGGGGAGUGCAGUCCAGUCCCCAUGGGGUCAUUUCCAAGAAGAGGCUUUAUGAAUGGAAGCAGAGAAAGCACUGGUUACUUAGAAGAGCUAGAAAAAGAGAGAUCCCUGUUGCUUGCGGAGCUUGAGAAGGAAGAGAAAGAAAAGGACUGGUAUUAUGCCCAGCUUCAGAACCUGACUAAAAGGAUAGAUAGUCUCCCCCUUACUGAAAAUUUCUCCUUGCAAACAGAUAUGACCAGAAGGCAGCUGGAGUACGAGGCCAGGCAAAUCAGAGCUGCAAUGGAAGAACAGCUGGGCACUUGUCAGGAUAUGGAGAAGCGAGCACAGGCAAGGGUGGCCAGAAUUCAACAAAUAGAGAAGGACAUUCUUCGUAUACGACAGCUCCUUCAAUCACAAGCAGCUGAAGCAGAGAGAGCACCUCAAAGCAAGCAUGAGGCAGGUUCCCAUGAUACAGAGAGGCAGAAUGAAGGUCAAGUAGCAGCAGAAAUCAGCGUGGCAACCAGCAGUACUGGUCAGGGUUCUGCUGCUCGAGUGGACCAUGAGACAGCCAGUGUUAUGAGCUCUAGUAGUAACUAUUCUGUUCCUCGAAGACUGACAAGUCAUCUGGGUACCAAGGUAACCGAAGAUUACAAACCACAGGUGGAAAUGGUGUAUUCAUUGUUAUCAAUGCUUGGUACUCAUGAUAAAGAUGACAUGUCAAGAACAUUGCUAGCAAUGUCUAGCUCCCAGGACAGCUGCAUAGCCAUGCGUCAGUCUGGAUGUCUUCCUCUCCUCAUCCAGCUUUUACAUGGCAACGAUAAGGACUCUGUGUUGUUAGGAAACUCCCGUGGUAGUAAAGAGGCCCGUGCCAGAGCCAGCGCAGCGCUGCACAACAUCAUUCACUCCCAGCCCGAUGAUAAGCGAGGCAGACGGGAAAUCCGUGUGCUCCAUCUCUUGGAGCAGAUCCGUGCUUACUGUGAAACGUGUUGGGAAUGGCAGGAGGCACAUGAACAAGGCAUGGACCAAGACAAAAACCCAAUGCCUGCUCCAGUGGAUCAUCAGAUUUGCCCUGCAGUGUGUGUUUUGAUGAAACUUUCAUUUGAUGAAGAACACAGACAUGCAAUGAAUGAACUUGGUGGUUUGCAGGCCAUUGCUGAACUGUUGCAAGUGGAUUGUGAAAUGUAUGGACUCACAAAUGAUCACUAUAGUGUUACCCUAAGGAGGUAUGCUGGCAUGGCUCUGACAAACCUGACUUUUGGAGAUGUAGCCAACAAGGCUACAUUAUGUUCCAUGAAGGGCUGCAUGAGAGCUCUUGUAGCCCAGCUGAAAUCUGAAAGUGAAGACUUACAGCAGGUCAUUGCAAGUGUGUUGAGGAACUUGUCCUGGCGAGCAGAUGUAAACAGUAAAAAGACUCUUAGAGAAGUUGGAAGUGUGAAAGCAUUGAUGGAAUGUGCUUUAGAAGUUAAGAAGGAAUCCACCCUGAAAAGCGUUCUGAGUGCCUUAUGGAAUUUGUCAGCACACUGCACUGGGAACAAAGCUGACAUAUGCGCUGUUGAUGGUGCUCUUGCAUUUCUGGUUGGCACACUGACAUACCGGAGCCAAACAAACACUUUAGCCAUCAUAGAAAGUGGAGGAGGAAUACUAAGAAAUGUUUCUAGCUUAAUCGCUACUAAUGAGGACCAUAGGCAAAUCUUGCGAGAGAACAGCUGCUUACAAACCUUGUUACAACACUUGAAGUCACACAGUUUGACAAUAGUUAGUAACGCAUGUGGGACCCUGUGGAAUCUCUCUGCUCGAAAUGCAAAGGAUCAGGAGGCGCUGUGGGACAUGGGAGCCGUGAGCAUGCUGAAAAACCUGAUACAUUCAAAACAUAAAAUGAUAGCCAUGGGUAGUGCCGCAGCUCUACGGAACCUCAUGGCAAACAGGCCAGCAAAGUACAAGGAUGCCAACAUUAUGUCUCCAGGAUCAAGCCUCCCAUCCCUCCAUGUCAGAAAGCAAAAGGCACUGGAAGCAGAAUUAGAUGCUCAGCAUUUAUCAGAGACUUUUGACAACAUUGAUAACUUAAGCCCGAAAACAUCUCACCGCAAUAAGCAGAGACAUAAGCAAAAUAUAUACAGUGAGUAUGUCCUGGACGCCAGCCGCCACGACGAUGGGGUGUGCAGGUCAGAGAGCUUUAAUGCUGGCAAUAUGACUGUGCUCUCACCAUAUGUGAAUACUACAGUAUUGCCUGGCUCCUCCUCUUCCAGUAGAGGAAAUGCAGAAAAUUCUCGAUCUGAGAAAGACAGGAGUGUUGAAAGGGAUCGAACGGUAGGUUUAAACACCUAUCAUCAAGCUGCAGAGAAUACUGGGAAUUCUGCUAAGAGAAUAGGAAUGCAGAUUUCUACUGCUGCAGCUCAGAUUGCCAAAGUUAUGGAAGAAGUAACAAGCAUGCACAUUCCACAGGAAGACAGAGGUUCUGGUUCCACUUCUGAAAUACACUGUUUGACGGAAGACAGAAAUGCCCAGAGAAGAUCCUCCUCUGCCCAUACUCACUCAAACACAUACUUUCCAAAAUCUGAGAACUCAAACAGGACAUGUCCUGUGCCUUAUACAAAAGUGGAAUACAAAAGAGCUUCAAAUGAUAGUUUAAAUAGUGUCAGUAGCAGUGAUGGCUAUGGUAAGAGAGGCCAAAUGAAACCUUCCAUUGAGUCUUACUCCGAAGAUGAUGAAAGUAAAUUCUGUAGUUACGGCCAAUAUCCAGCUGACUUGGCACACAAGAUUCAUAGUGCAAAUCACAUGGAUGACAAUGAUGGAGAACUAGACACACCUAUUAAUUAUAGUCUUAAAUACUCAGAUGAGCAGUUAAAUUCUGGAAGGCAAAGUCCCUCCCAGAAUGAAAGAUGGGCAAGGCCUAAGCAUAUAAUAGAUGAUGAAAUGAAACAAAACGAGCAAAGACAGUCAAGGAACCAAAAUGCAGCCUACCCUGUGUACACUGAAAGUGGAGAUGAUAAACACAUGAAAUAUCAGACACCUUUUGGACAGCAGGAGUGUGUUUCUUCCUUUAGAUCAAGAGGGUCCAGUGGUUCAGAGCAGAACAGAGUAGGCCCAACUCUUGGAAUUAAUCAGAAAGUAAAUCAGUCCUUGUGCCAGGUUGAUGAUUAUGAUGAUGAUAAGCCAACCAACUAUAGUGAACGUUAUUCUGAGGAGGAACAACAUGAAGAGGAAGACAGACCAACUAAUUACAGCAUAAAGUACAAUGAAGAGGAACAUCAUGUUGAUCAGCCUAUUGACUAUAGUUUAAAAUACUCAACAGAAGUUCCAGCACCUUCUCAGAAACCAUCUUUUACUUUUCCAAAGACUUCUUCAGUGCAACUCAGUAAAACUGACCAUAUUACCCCAAGCAGUGGGAGCACAUCAGCCCCCUCAGCUGGUUCAAAGAGGCAGAACCAGCUUCACCCAAGCUCUGCACAGAGCAGAAGUGGUCAUGCACAGAAAAACGCCUCCUCUAAGACUCCCUCUAUUAAUCAGGAAACUAUACAAACUUACUGCGUGGAAGAUACCCCAAUAUGUUUUUCAAGGUGUAGCUCUUUGUCAUCCUUGUCAUCAGCUGAAGAUGAAAUAGGACGUGAUCAAUCCACACGUGGCACAGAUGCCAAUAACACACUGCAGAUUGCAGAACUGAAGGAGAACAAUGGGGCUCUACCUACAGAAGGUGCAGCAAGUGAAAUUGCAUCAACAGCACAACACAUCAGAACAAAAUCCACUAGACUUCAGACUUCUAGCUUGUCUCCUUCUGAUUCCUCUAGACAUAAAGCUGUUGAAUUUUCUUCAGGUGCCAAAUCUCCCUCAAAGAGUGGUGCCCAAACUCCUAAAAGCCCACCAGAACAUUAUGUACAGGAAACACCACUCAUGUUCAGCAGAUGUACUUCUGUAAGUUCCCUGGAUAGUUUUGAAAGCCGUUCAAUUGCUAGUUCAGUUCAAAGUGAGCCUUGCAGUGGAAUAGUAAGUGGUAUUAUAAGUCCCAGUGACCUUCCAGACAGCCCUGGACAAACAAUGCCUCCAAGCAGAAGUAAAACACCACCACCUGCUCAAGGAGUUCAGGUAAAAAGAGAGGUACCUAAAGGAAAAACAACCACUACAGAGAAGAGAGAACCUGGUCCUAGACAUGCAGCUGUAAAUGCAGCUGUUCAAAGAGUUCAGGUACUGCCAGAUGCUGAUACACUAUUACAUUUUGCCACAGAAAGCACACCAGAUGGGUUUUCUUGCUCUUCUAGCCUGAGUGCUCUGAGCCUUGAUGAGCCAUUUAUACAGAAAGAUGCAGAGUUAAGAAUUAUGCCUCCAGUUCAUGAGAACGAGCAUGGAAACGAAGCAGAACCUGAACAGUCAGAUGAUACAAAGGAUAACCAGGAGAAGAAAGCAGAGAAGCCAGCUGAAGCAGAAAAAGACAUUUUGGAUGAUUCUGAUGAUGAUAUUGAAAUACUGGAAGCGUGUAUUAUUUCUGCAAUGCCUACGAAGUCUUCACGUAAAACCAAAAAGCCUUCUCAAGCAUCUGCUCCAAAAAUACCUCCUCCUGUAGCCAGAAAGCCCAGCCAGUUGCCAGUUUACAAACUUUUGCCUUCACAAAGCAGACUGCAAUCGCAAAAGCACGUGACUUUUACACCAGGAGAUGAUAUGCCACGGGUAUAUUGUGUUGAGGGUACACCAAUAAAUUUUUCAACAGCCACAUCUCUGAGUGACCUGACAAUAGAAUCACCCCCAAGUGAGUUGGCCAAUGCAGACAAUGUAGGUGUGGGAGCAGAGUCAGGGGAGUUUGAAAAGCGGGACACCAUUCCUACAGAAGGAAGAAGUACUGAUGAUUCUCAGAGAGCAAAAAGCUCAGCUGUGACUCCCCUUGGCCUGGAUGACGACAAAACAGAAGAGGGUGAUAUUUUGGCUGAGUGCAUUAACUCAGCUAUGCCAAAAGGAAAAAGCCACAAACCUUUCAGAGUGAAGAAGAUAAUGGAUCAAAUUCAACAAGCAUCUUCAUCUCCAGUUAAUAAAAACCAAGCAGAAGGUGAGAAAAAGAAGCCAACAUCACCAGUAAAGCCUGUUUCUCAAAACAAUGAAUACAGAGCACGCAUGCGAAAAAGCACAGAGCCUAAAAGCAGUGCUAGUAAUGAAAGAGGCUAUCCAGAGAACAGAGAUGCAAAGAAACAGAACCUUAAAAAUAAUUCAAGAGAUUUUCAUGACAAAUUGCCAAAUAACGAAGAGCGUGUAAGAGGAAGCUUUGCAUUUGAUUCCCCUCAUCAUUACACACCUAUUGAGGGAACUCCUUACUGUUUUUCACGGAAUGAUUCCCUGAGUUCUUUAGAUUUUGAUGAUGAUGAUGUUGAUCUUUCAAGAGAGAAGGCAGAAUUAAGAAAAGGAAAAGAAGGAAAGGAAACAGAAGGUAAAGAGUGCUCUAAUGCAGAAGAGUCUUCUUCAAAUCAGCAGCCAAGUAAGAGGACACAAGUUUGUCAAAAACAUGCUGGCAGAAGUCAGACAAAAACUUUCUCUCAGUCAACUAAAGAUAUUCCAGACAGAGGAGCAGCUACAGAUGAGAAAAUGCAAAAUUUUGCUAUUGAAAACACACCUGUUUGUUUUUCUCGCAAUUCGUCUCUUAGCUCCCUCAGUGAUAUUGAUCAAGAAAACAACAACAACAAAGAAGGGGAACCUGCAAAAUGUCCCGAGGCUCCUGAGCCACAGGUGGAAUCCAACAGACCACAGACUUCUGGUUAUGCACCUAAAUCAUUUCAUGUUGAAGAUACUCCUGUGUGCUUCUCUAGAAACAGCUCUUUGAGUUCUCUUAGCAUUGACUCAGAAGAUGAUCUUCUGCAGGAAUGUAUUAGUUCUGCUAUGCCUAAAAAGAAAAAGCCCUCAAGAAUGAAGAGUGAUGGUGAAAAAAAUAAUUCCAGGAACACAGGCAGUAUACUAGCAGAAGAUUUAACACUGGAUUUGAGAGAGAUACAGAGGCCAGAUUCAGAACAUGGUUUUUCACCUGAUUCGGAGAACUUUGACUGGAAAGCUAUACAAGAAGGUGCAAAUUCUAUAGUUAGUAGCUUGCAUCAAGCUGCAGCUGCUGCAUCAUUGUCUAGACAAGCUUCAUCAGACUCUGACUCUAUCCUUUCAUUAAAAUCUGGUAUAUCUCUAGGGUCACCGUUUCAUCUUACCCCAGACCAAGAAGAAAAACCUUUCACUAGUAAUAAAGGUCCAAGAAUUAUUAAGCCAGGAGAGAAGAGUACACUGGAGUCUAAAAAAGUAGAAUCAGAAAGUAGGGGAAUCAAAGGAGGGAAGAAAGUGUAUAAAAGUAUGAUCACAGGAAAAGCACGCUCCAAUUCAGAAGUUUCAAGUUUGAAGCAACCACAACAGACAAGUGUGCCUUCAAUUUCACGUGGCAGAACAAUGAUCCAUAUUCCAGGAGUUCGAAACAGUUCUUCAAGUACUAGUCCUGUUUCCAAAAAAGGACCCCCACUCAAAAACAUGAACUCUAAGAGUCCUAGUGAAGGCCAAAGUUUGACUAGUUCUCCUAGAGGAGCCAAAUCAUCAGUGAAACCCGAGCCAGCUCCUGUGACUAGGCAACCAUCAGGGUUGAACCAGAGUGCAUCAAGUAAAGGACCUUCUAGAUCAGGAUCUAGAGACUCCACUCCUUCUAGACCUCAACAGCAGCCAUUAAGUAGGCCUUUGCAAUCUCCUGGACGAAACUCCAUUUCCCCUGGAAGAAAUGGUAUCAGUCCUCCCAACAAACUAUCACAGUUGCCAAGAACAUCAUCUCCUAGCACAGCUUCAACUAAAUCCUCAAGUUCAGGUAGAAUGUCAUACACACCACCAGGCAGGCAGAUGAGCCAGCAAAACCUUACAAAGCAAACUGCCUUACCUAAGAGUACCAGUAGCAUUCCACGAAGUGAAUCUGCUUCAAAGGGGUUAAACCAAACUCUCAGCACUGGUGGAUCCAACAAAAAGACUGACCUAUCCAGAAUGUCAUCCACAAAGUCUAGUGGAAGUGAAUCUGACAGAUCUGAGAGACCUGUUCUCGUUCGUCAGUCAACUUUUAUUAAAGAGGCUCCAAGCCCGACUCUAAGACGGAAGUUAGAAGAGUCAGCUUCAUUUGAAUCUCUGUCGCCAUCCAGGCCAGAUUCUCCCACAAGAUCCCAACUGCAGACCCCAGUUUUAAGUCCUUCUCUUCCUGAUAUGUCUUUAUCUACUCAUUCACCCGCCCAGAGUAGUGGUUGGCGAAAAUUAGCCCCUAAUCAGAGCCCUACUAUAGAAUAUGAUGGGAGACCAGCAAAGCGUCAUGACAUAGCUCGUUCCCAUUCUGAGAGUCCAUCUAGGCUGCUGAUUAAUAGAUCAGGAACAUGGAAGCGUGAGCACAGUAAGCAUUCCUCAUCACUUCCUCGUGUAAGCACUUGGCGAAGAACUGGAAGUUCCUCCUCAAUUCUGUCAGCUUCUUCAGAAUCCAGUGAAAAGGCAAAAAGUGAAGACGAAAAGCAGCAUGGAGGUUCCCUUCCUGGACACAAGCAAAGUAAAGAAAGCCAAGCACCAGCAAAAGGUACUUGGAGAAAAAUAAAAGAAAAUGAAAUUCCUCAGAUAAUGAAUGAUUCUCAGCAUUCUUCUUCGGGUGCCACAAAUGGCUCUGAUUCCAAAACCCUCAUCUAUCAGAUGGCUCCAGCUGUCUCUAAGACAGAGGAUGUGUGGGUAAGGAUAGAGGACUGCCCAAUUAACAACCCUCGAUCUGGAAGGUCCCCAACUGGAAAUACUCCCCCUGUUAUUGACAGUGUUUCAGAGAAAGGGGGUAUGAAUGGUAAAGAUCCUAAAGAGAUUCAAGAAAAGCAAACCGCAGGGAAUGGAGGUGUUCCUGUUCGUACCGCUGGCUUAGAAAACCGUCUGAACUCUUUCUUUCAGAUAGACAGUCCAGACAAGAAAGGCACUGAAACAAAGCCUCUGCAGAAUAAUCCCGUCCCUGGACCAGAAAUUAACGAAAGUUCUGUAAGUGAGCGUACUCCAUUCAGUUCCAGUAGCUCAAGCAAGCACAGCUCCCCCAUCGGUGCUGUGGCAGCAAGGGUGACUCCUUUCAACUACAACCCGAGCCGCAGGAAGAGCAGUGUGGACAAUAGUUCUGCACGGCCCUCACAGAUCCCAACCCCAGUGAAUAACAGCACCAAGAAACGCGACACCAAGUCUGAAAACACUGACUCCAGUGGAACACAAAGCCCUAAACGUCACUCUGGCUCUUACCUGGUAACUUCUGUUUAAGUGCAACAAAAAAAAAAAAAAAAAAAAGAAACCACAAAAAACUGAUGUAUUAUAUACAGCAGCUACUUAGAAACUUUGUUUCAAAUGAAACAAAAAAAAAAGGGGAUUGAUUUGUUUGUUUGUUUGUUUUUAUUUGUUGUAAAUAGCUUUGAUUCUUGUUAGAUUGUCCUUGUUCUGGAAGCCAUAUUUGAUAGUAUACUUCGUCUCCACUAGUGAUAUUUUGCAGGAACACCUGAUUGACAGUUUGGAAUAAAGUUGCUAACGCGAGUGUAUUUGUACAGUAUGUUUGACAUGUAUUCCCAUGUUUAACACGCAUCCCAUCCCAUUAUCCUUUGAAUAUUGCUUGUCAUUGAAAUCAUGGAAUAGCACAGAUAGAAAUGAUGCAGUCAUAUUGCUAUACCAAUAAUUUCUAGAUUACAGACCAACUAAACUACAUCAGGGAAGAAUUGGUAUUAUUUAUGCAAAAAAAUAUACUCAUGUUUAGUAUUUGUGAAUUUAUCUAACCCAAUAAUUAAUCAUGUGGCUGUGAAAUUCACAGUAAUAUGGUUUCCGCUGAACAAGCUUUCCUAGCCUGCUUUUCUGCAUGAAUGGAACUGAUGGUUCAUUUUAUGAAGUAAUGAUUAACAUUUCUGUGGUCACAUAAUGUGCAUAGAUAGUUACAGUGUAACAAUUUACAAUUUCUUUGUGCUCUGAAAAAGAAAAAAACAAAACAAAAAAAACCCCACCUGUGUAACUGUAAAAGUUUGAACAAAAUUAUUUUACCUGAAUUAAAUUUUAUCUUAAAGUAGGUAGAAUUUUUUUGCUAUGCUGUAACUUGUUGUAUAUUCUGGUAUUUGAGGUGAGAUGGCUGCUCUUUUAUUAAUGAGACGUGGGUGAUGCCUCAACAGAGACUAAAAUGAACAUUUCAGAAUAAAUUAUUACUAUAUGUAAGUUGUGUGUGUUACUUCUGUAUUACAUAAAAAGACAGGAUUUUAAUUUGAGAUGUCACCAUAUAAUGUGGUUGUAUGCACUUAAGGCCUGAUUUGGGAUAAUCCUGCACCUCCAGUAUAGUUUCUUCCUUAUCACUGGCAAAUGGCUGUUGUAGGAUACUUUUAACAUUUGCAGGAUCAGGCCCCAGGUCUUCUGUAAUAUAUUUUGUAAUUGAGACAGUUUCACACAUCUCAGGUGCAUAACAAGGCUAAAGGCAGGGUAUUUCCAGUAGCCAUGCAGUAUAAUUGUUCUCAUGACUGCAAGCCUGAAAUAAUAAUGUAUACAAAUAAUACAAAUAAUUGUAUACAAAUAAUAUUGUAUACAAAUUGUAAAACUAAUGUUUUGAUUGGGGAUAUAAUGUAGAAUGUGAAAUAGUGACUAUAAGAUGAAAUUUUGCUUCUAUUUGCGCUCUAUGUGCUUUUUUUUAAUUUAUUUUUUAAAAAAUUAUGAAGGGAAAAAUAUCAUAAAAAUCCCAUGGCAGCAAGAAAUUUGUUACCGCAGUAGAAAAAGGAUUUUAUGCAAAACAUGACAUUUGCUGCCUUGAGCCUUUCUGAUGCAGAUAUAGCUUGCGCUAGAACAAUGCUGAAAGAAAACAGAUUUGUGCUUUAAAAAUAUAAAUAUAGUCUGAAUUUAGAUGAGGGUUACUUCCAAGUAGAAACAUGAGAACAGAACAUUAACCAUUCUGUGCAUGUUUGAACAAACCAUGAAAUGCAAUGGUAUAUCAGUUCUGUUGUAUCUCAACUGGACUGUUCUACAGGUAACUUUCUAAAUAACUGAUACGUCAGAAUGCCCUGAUUUCAGGAAGCCCUGAAAUAGAGCAAUUUACCUUUAUGGUAGCUUUAACACAGGUGCGGAGUUUAUCACUUCUAUGGCUUUUGUACUUCUGAUACUGAAAUUAAUCAAUUGAAUUCUUUAUAAAUCAUGCACUGAUUUAGAAACACAAUCAAGACACUAUCAGCAGACAGAAGUCAAUUUAUACUAACACCAGUACCAAAAACACCUGUUUGGCAGAAGUGGUAUCUUACUUGCUCUUUUGUUCUUUGCUUCCUGUCAGAUUUACUUAGAGAUAUGCCAUGUUCCUGUAUCACCUUGUGAACCUGUUAAAAAGCAGCACCCCUCUUGUUAGCAUUUGAAAUAUUUUGCAUACCGUAUCUUCAUUAAACUUCUAAUAUGAAUGAAUCUUAGUGUCCUUUUAAAGAUUAGAUAGAAACAGAUUAUGUCAUGUGUUUAAAGUCGGGGCUUCCUGCUGGAGUAGAAUAUGGAACUCCAUCCUUGAGUUUCAAAUGAAAGACCACUUUUGUUGUAAAUGUUUUGAUUUUUUUUUUAUCAUUAUUUUGUGCUGGGCUUUUAACAACUAAUACAAAAAUAUAUUGCAUAAUCCAGAAUAGUUGUUUAACACCGGCAUUACACAUUUGUCCUGUCAAUUUAAGAGUUAAUGGUAAACUCAGUCUCAGAAAAGAAAUUCUGGUUUACUGAAUUCUGUUCAGUUACUAAACUGAAUUCUGUUCUGUUCUGUUACUGAAAAAUGACUGAAAUAAGUUUUUUUAAUCAAAAGAUAACGUGAAACUAUAAAUAAUUGUAUGCGUAUCAAACACCAGAAUGUCUUUGAAAAUUAUAGUGGCUUCUUGAUAUAGACUUGGGGAUACUUCAUGAUCAUUAUAAUUGGAAAGUUUCUCUUAGUAUCCACUUGAGUAAACCUAUAUUUGUAGCAAAGACAGGCUAGAGAAACUUUCCAACUAUAAGAGUAGUGAUACACUAAAAUAUGCUUCCCAUGGGAGUUGUUAAAUUUCCAUUAUAGAAGUUUUAAGAAGAGGUCUAUGAAACAUCUCAUAGGGAUGGACUGUAGUAUAUUUCGUAUUGCCUGUGUGCAGAGAUGGGUGAUCUUUUGAAAUCUCUUCCAGAUCUACAUUUCUCUGAUUCUUUAUCUAAAAUACUUAGUAUCCACUAAGAGCCUUUCAGAAUAUUUAAAGACAUCCAUGAUGUUUGAUUUAUGAUGGGGAUAUAAAGUUAUAUUCUAUAAGCUUAACUAAAAUACAGAUCCCAGAAAUAUAAAAUCAAAGACAUGAAAAAUGGUUGCAAUAAGUAUAUUUGGUCUUGGAUUUUGUUAAUGAUGUCAGAGUCACAAUAGUCAGAUUUUAUUUAUGCUGCUUGUUCCUUGGUUCCGUAUGUAUGAAGUUCAAUAUAAAUAAAUACCCGCCACAGCGGGUAAGAGAACAUUUAUGUCAAGGCAAAACAAAGAAUAGGAAGGAGCUAAGGAAACCAAGACUCAAUUUACUGUUCUUCUGGGAUGCACUGCCCUUAUUUCUUCCAAUUUUGGUAGAAUUUUUUUUGUGACUUUUAUUUGUGACUCAGACCUUUAUCUGUCCUUGAAUUAGCUUAUCAUAUCUAGUGCAUACCAAACUUAUACUUAAAAAUCAGUUUCUACUGAAAAAUAACUCAUAAAGCUCAUUUCAGACUGUCUUCUAUCUUUGUCCUCUUGAUGUGAGAAUCAGAGAUCUGACCUCCUCACAAUUUGUGUUUGUAUUAGUUCACUCUUUAAAAUGUGCUUCCAUUUUUGUUUCUUGCAGUGUGCCACUCACUGGCACAUCACACUGCUCAAUUUCUUUGUAAGCUCUUCUGACUAAAUAUUGCAAUCUUUAAAGGGGAACUAAUCUAUUUAUAUUUUCAUGUGCAGUUCUCUAUCAAGAGUAUUUUCCCCUGAAAGAUAAAAGGCAAUGCUCAUAAAAGGCAAUGCUCACAGCUCUGUCAGAUACGACAGCUAAAAAAUUGAAAGCCUUGCCACAGUUUCCUAAUGAGACUGGAAUAUUGUUUCAAGCAGGACUUGGCUGCAGAAUACAAGUAUAAUUUAUGCUAUAAAUGUCAGUAAGCAGCAGUAUUUUCAGCAUAGACUAGUACUUCUGAUGGUUUGGGAAAGUCAGCUGCACUGUCAUUGGUAAAGGAGGAGGGAUAGAAAAGGGGCAGUUUCAGAGAGAGUCAUGUUGUUCUAGGGAUGUACUUACUUUUUUCCUCAGUAAAUUACAUAAACUGCACCAGAGAGAAAACAGCUUGUGCACAAAUUAAUGAGGCAUUUUUUUGAAAUAUACCAGUAGACCACAAAACUGCAGAACCUUAAUCUGAAAACUGAAUUGUUUGAUGUCUUCUUAGGAGUACUUCAUAGCUGUCCAUCCAUCCCCUUGAUCCUCUUAACAAGUUGAUAUCACCAAGAAAGAUAACUGUGUUAGCUUCAUCUUUCUUCUUAAAGAUAACAGUCUAUACUAUUCUAGAACUGAAGAAAGGGCAUGUCCUGUUCAAAGAAGUUUUCUUCUCCAUUCCAUGCUCCUGGCUGUUAAUCCUGGCUCUUGUGUGACCUUUCAGUUGACUUGCCCACCUCUUACCUGCUCCCCUGAUGGGGAUAGUGGGAUUAGUACUGCAUGAAUUUGCUUGGUGCAUAGUUGGACAAAUGCCACCUGAGCCACCAAAAAAAGAAAACAGAACAGCUAGAACUGGUUGAAAGAGGUUGGGAUAGUUUCUGUUGUUGGAGGUCAUUGGAUCGAGCUGUUACAGGCAAUUUUAUGCCUAUAUGCCAUGUUUCAGAACUUCACUCAUUUUGGCACUGCAAAAUCAAAUUAAAAUGGGAUUUUUAUUUUUUUAUUAACUGAAUUUUUGUCUAAUGCCCUCUAGUGCUUUGCAUUUAAAUACCUUACGUUUGAGUAAAUCCUUAAUCUGGAAAUUCUGACAACUAACUUCAGAAGUAUUACACCAGUAUAUGGAUGUGAAAAUAAUCAAAAAAUACACCCCCCCCCAAAAAAAAAAAAAAGUCUACCAUAUGUAAACAUCUGGGAGACAGUUUUUAGAUUUGCAAUAUUAAACUCAGUGAAGUAAAUCCUUCCAGUAAAAAGACUUAUUGCAACUAUUUCUUUCCUAGAAGAGGCUUGAAGAGGGAGGUAACAUCUCCCCUUCUUAAUGAGGUUAGUCUUGUAGAGAUGAUCUGGAAAAUGUCCCAGAUGUCCUUCCCAUCUAGCUUUCAUGAAACAAUAUGAACAGCCAUAAGAGCACUAAAAAUCGGGUAGACUUCCACCUAAACAUAACUUCUUACAUCUACUGUAAUGCCUUGCAAAGUUGGAUCCACCUGUGCGACAGCUUUGUUCUUGAUGAGAUGUGUGAUUUGGAUGAAGCUGUGAAUCAGAAGUGUCAGUUAAUGUAAAGCAUGACUUUCUCCACAUGUUUAAAACUCCGAGGACUUCCUUAAUACCAAAUUACCCAAGUGUGUUCACUCUCUGGUUCCACAGCCAUCUCCUUUGCACUUUGACAUUUAACCAGAAGAGAUUCCCAUUUUCAGUUUCAUUUCAGAUCACACGUAGAAGUAAGAUUCCUGCAUCAUAGUUUCCUAUAUGCAAAAUAACAGUUUGUAUCUGUAAAUGUGUUUAUAGAGAAUGUUACGUAGCUAAGGUUGAGUUUUUAGUCAGAAUGGUAAGUUAACUGCUAUGUGUUGUGUUUGGUUACAUAUUGGAAGUGCAAGGGAAUUUGGUGUGGUGCAGAAGAGCUUUAAGAGUUCACAACAUAAUUAAUGCAGGUGUCAAUUAACUUGUGAUGCCAAGAUGAAUUUUCUACUGUCAAGUUUCAGUUUACCAGAUGUGCUGUUUACUUACUCUAAGAUUGGGGAACGCCUCCCUAGCAUAGUUUUGCAAAUUACCUUUCUUAGGAAAUUUCCACACAGUUACAGGCUUAUGUAUUAGUGCAUUUCUGUGACUUCAAGAUUUAAAGAAAUUAUUCCAAUUUUGCUGUUUGUGAAAAUAUCCUUUGCUUGAGUGGCUGUAGAAUUGAAAUUACUAUUUUAGGAAGAUAAAGAGGGAGCUGGUUCACUCAAUAAAAAGCACUUCUGUUGAGAGCUCAAGACAUACAAACAAACAAUAUAUCUAAUGCCAUCCUUUCUGGUGGGGUCUAACAUGAAUAAAGCUUGUGCUGGAUCUCUGCAAGUAAACUGUCAUCCUGUGAGACAAGAUGAAUUUGCCCACCUGUAAAUGUUGUUUCUCUUGAACAAAUUCAGCCCACGAUUAUCUUUCCUUCAAUUUUGUUGUUUGCUUCUGCCUGAGAUGCAUUACUGUUUAUAUCCUAACUCUGUAAUUAAUUAUUUCUUCAGUUAUUCUAAUGUAUUUUGUUUCACAGUACACUUAUUCUGAAUUUAGUCUUGCUAUGCAUAAUUUAUUUAUUACUUGCAGUGUUACAUAAAAUUUCCUCCUGAUUGCACCUUGUCAGAGUGAAAUUGUUUUCUUGGCUACUACUGAAAGUUAGGUGUCUGUCCACUGUAUUAGAAAUAUGAUUUCAUUUAAAAAGGAAUUUGUUGUUAAGACGCUUCAAUAAUUCAUUAUACCAGAACAAAUGCUCUAAAAAAACCCAUUCAUUUUCAUUUUAGUGAUAAUCACGUUUCAGAUAGAUAAGUGGAAAAAAGAAGCUUGAAAACCUGGCUUACCAGUAGAGUUCUUUGUUCUCUUCCAUGUUUCACCUUAGAAGGAACUGCACAAAACAAAAUCUAACACAAUGUAAUUCCAUAAUCCCUUUCUUACAAAAGUUUCACAAGGCUUAUUUCAUUAAGACUCAUAAGCACAGCAGAAACUAUUAAUUACAAAGUCUUUCCUGUAAUGAAUGAAUUCUUUAGUCCCCAAUUAGACUAUCAAGGGACCUAAGUUGAUUAAUUCCCAAUACACAUACACAUACAUUUACGUACAUAUUUUACACUCCCCUGUUCGCUUUAGACUGACUAAAGUAUUAAAACUAAAACAAGGGCAUUGUUGCUGAUUACUAAGAUCCCUUGUUUUCUAAUAGUUGUACCACUUUUUCAUAUUGAGUUCUAAUUUGAGGACUAAUUAGCUGGUAUCUGAUUUUCAAGUCAUUCUAGAAAAAAAAUUCACCUAAGUUUUGGUUUAUAUGCAGAAAAAGAAAUUGCCUUGCUAGAAAUGUAAAUGUUUCAUUAAGAAUAAUAAUUUUUUAAAGCUUUAUAACUGUCAUCUGCAAUUUAGAGUCAGUAGAGAUCAUGAAAACAAGGAGACUUUGAGUGAUGAUUUUAUUAAAUACAAAUGAAAGUAGGCUAAGCCUAAUUCUGCCCUUUUUCCUCUAACAAUCCUCUGUACAAAAAGCACAUUGGUAGCAGGGGAAGGCUUGUGCAUCUUACCUGACUAUUGCUAAGGUCUGCGAUGGCACACAUCACAUGUGGAAGAGUACAAAAGCAGUUCUAAAAAUUAAGCCAUAAUAUGAAUUAUGAGAAAACUCCCAAUUUUUAUUAUUUUUGUAGUAUUUUGUUAUUACAUUGGGUGGUGAAGAAGUGUUGGCAUCCUUUUUUUUUUUUCCUACUACACUGAGUAGCUGAACAGCUGUGAUGGAUUAUUUGACACUUUACAAGUGUUUUAAGUGGCAUUGUUUAACCACAGUUGGCAACCAAGCACUACCCAGCCACUCACUCCCCUCCAGUGGGAUGGGGGAGACAAUCAGAAGAGUAAAAAUGAGAAAACUCAUAGAUUCAGCUAAAGAUAGUUGAAUAAACAGAAAAGGAAGAAAAUUAUGAUGAUGAUAGUGAUUAUACAUCAAAAUAAUAGAGAACACACAAAACAAGUUACUCACAAUACAGUUGCUCACCACUUGCUGACUGAUUCCUAGGCAAUCCCUGAGCAUGAGCCUCCAGCCCACUUUCUCCACAGGUAUAUCCUCAGCAUGAUGCCAGUAAAGUCUGGAAUAUCCCUUUGGCCAGUUUAUGUGUCCCCCUACUCAACUUCUUGUGCUCCUCAGCUCUCUUCCUGGCAGAGCAUGAGAAACUUAAUUUAGCAACAAGAGCAUCAGUGCAUUUUCAACAUUUUCAUACUAAAUUCAAAACACAGUACUAUACUGUUUACUAGAAAGAAAAUUAACUAUCGCAGCCAAAACCGGAACAUAAAUCAUUUGGACUUGUUGGAAGUGAAAAUCUAGCUGAAGUGAAAGCUAAGAAUUCAGUGCAAAUACUGUAUUAUUGUGUCACACAAAGAUGACUGAUGGUUUCUUUAGAUCUUGGAAGCUGGCUGUACACAGCUGUGAAUUUACACAGCUGUCAGCUGCUUUACAAGGCUGAAACAGAAGGACAAAGAAUGGGUGUAAAACUCAGAUCUGUACUUAAGAAAUAGUCUUUGCAACCAGAAGGAGUGAGACAUGGGUAGAAAUCUGCUGGGGUCAGAGGCACAAGAAAUGGGCCCUUAUCAGUGGUGCCUGGCUCUGACACUCAAGAGAGCACUGCAUUUAGCAUAACGCCAUGGAGACAGCUUUUAAAGUUAAGUAAAUAAACUAAUAGUGUGAGUGUGUAGGUUGGAUAGAGUUUUCCUAAGUCACUGGGUGAGAAAGUUAAAGUUCAGGGUUCAAGCUGCAUUAGUGAAUAAGAGACAACAUGGAGGAUUUAGGGUGUUGUCCCUUUCUCCUUCCUUCAUCUUCUAAGGCUUGGAUAAAGAAUUCUGCAGUGCAGCACACAGGUGUUGGGUCAUUGGGUCACUAAGAAAAAUAACUUACUUGGCAUUUGAUUAUUGGACAAAUAGACAUAUAAAAGACCUUGGAGAUAUUCUUUGUUCUCCAUUUUGCACCUUUCUAUCUUAGUGCAUGUAGCUCCUUGUGCUCUGUAUAUGUGUAAUGUAGAUAAGAAAAGAAUAAACAACUAAGCCUGAAGAUGAGAAAACAGCUUCUCUCUCAUCAGUCUCGGUCCUGGGGAAUAAGAACCAACCAACCAGUAUCACCAUGACAGAAAUACAUGGUCUUCCACUUUGCCAAUCCCAUUGUGGCCUGUUAAUAGGGAUUUGGAUAGACUCUUGGCAAUGUGGUGCAGGGCAUUCCCCUCAGGAUCUCAGUGAAACACUGUAUAAAUUGUUUGCUUACUUCCUACAUUAAUUCAUGCAAGUCAAGGCUUGGAUCUAGGUGACAUACUCCAAAAGACUUUUAGCUCCAAACACUGUACAAAUCAGGCUGGCUGUUUCAAGGCCACUUGUUAGCUGCUCUUGGUGGUGCAGCACUUACACAGAUUGAGACAUUUAAGCCUCAAGUGGCUUUAGAACAUCCCACACUCCUUAAAUAAGCUAUUGACGUUUAUUGUCCUCUGCCAUUGAGAUGAACAGAAGUGGUGCUUCUGCUGGUUCAUAUGAGUAUGAGGUAGUGCCUCUUCAGAAAGCACUUAUGUAGCAGACAGGAUUCUGGAUCGUUAAAACCGAAAGGCAGUCUAUGGAUUUAAAGUCACAGAAUGGCUUGAGUAGGAAAGGGACCUUAGAAAUGAUCCAGUUCUGGGUUGAAACUCUGCCAUGGGUAGGGAUGCCACUUGAUUUGGGAAAAUGGUGCAUACAGUCUUAUAAACGUGACCAAUUAGUGUGGUUAAUUCUGUGUGUUGAAGUUUCAUGGUAAGUAAAUACCAGCAAAAUGAAAACUAAAUUAAAGACAGCAUCAUUUUCUCUCUAUGCUGUAGAAAAUUCACUGUUGGACAGACCUGCCUGUUACUUCCAACUUGAGUCAUAAUUCAUGAACCAUUUUUCACAAUGAAAGUUCUGUGGGAUUUUUUUCCCAGCCCUUGUAUUUUACUUAAAAAUAUCCUUCUGGAAUUCUCAUUUACAAAAAUUGUGAAGAAAAUUCUUCCCAUGUUCCCCCUUUACCUUCAGUAGCCAUUUGUCCUAGUUUAGGGCAAAUCAGGAAGGAAAACUCCAAAUGAGAAAUGCCCCUCCCCACUAACUGCUCCGGGAAAGGGAA